UCUUUUCAGAACGGUCGAAACGCUGCGUUCGUGUUGAGAAAACGUGACCACAGAGAAUAUCGUGUGGCGAUCGUGAUUAGAGGAACGGGUGUUAUGCAUGAUAUUGCAUAUUGACGUACAUUAAGAUUGUCGUGUGACGGCAUGCAGUUGUCGAAGUAAAUAGGCCGCAGUUACACGGGUACGGGAUUUUUCACAAUAACACGGGUAUCCGGAAGCCGGCACAUAUCAAUAUACGCGAGCACGGAGAAUUGGUUAUUGAAAAAAUGGCGGCGGAAAUGCCAAACAAGAACCGAAUGAUGGUUUUUAAGAACAAAGGCAAAGAUCAAGACGAAAUGAGAAGAAGAAGAAAUGAAGUGACAGUGGAAUUGCGCAAGAAUAAACGUAAUGAGACUUUACUAAAACGAAGAAACGUGCCUAUUGUAGAUUCUACAGACGAAGAUGAUGCUGAUAAACAUUUGUCAAAAAUUAAUUUGAAAGAGCUGGUAGCGAAUGCUGGUAGUUCAGACCCAGCUAUUCAAUUAGAAGCUGUUCAAUCUGCAAGAAAGUUACUAUCGUCAGAUCGUAAUCCACCGAUUGAUUUAUUAAUCGAUAGUGGCAUUUUACCAGUCCUAGUUCAUUGUCUUGAACAGCACAAUAGCCCGACUUUGCAAUUUGAAGCUGCAUGGGCUCUAACAAAUAUUGCAAGCGGAACAUCGCCCCAAACACAAGCAGUUGUAGAUGCUGGUGCAGUCCCCCAUUUUCUGCAUUUGUUACUUUCAAGUCAUCAGAAUGUUUGCGAACAAUCUGUAUGGGCUUUAGGAAAUAUUAUUGGAGAUGGUCCAACAUCUAGGGAUUAUGUUAUUAGGCUUGGCAUUGUACAGCCAUUGUUAACAUUUGUUCAACUGGAUAUACCUAUUAGUUUUUUGCGUAAUGUAACAUGGGUGAUUGUGAACUUAUGUAGAAAUAAAGAUCCAGCACCACCUGUUCAAACAAUUAAGGAUAUUUUGCCUGCUCUUAACGUGCUCAUCCAUCACACAGAUAUUAAUAUACUUGUUGAUUCAGUUUGGGCAUUGAGCUAUCUCACUGAUGGUGGUAAUGAACAAAUUCAAAUGGUUAUAGACAGUGGUGUUGUACCUCGUCUUAUACCACUUCUGUCGCACAAAGAAGUUAAGGUACAAACAGCUGCUUUGAGGGCAAUUGGUAAUAUAGUAACGGGUACAGAUGAACAAACACAGAUUGUAAUAAACUCGGACGCUCUUUCGCACUUCCCUAACUUACUGACUCAUCCGAAGGAGAAAAUUUGUAAAGAAGCGGUUUGGUUCAUUUCUAAUAUAACUGCGGGGAAUCAAUCACAAGUUCAAGCUGUAAUGGAUGCUGGUCUAAUGCCACUUAUCAUUAGCAAUUUGGCGAAGGGUGAAUUCCAAACGCAAAAGGAAGCAGCAUGGGCAAUUAGCAAUUUCACGAUAAGUGGUAAUAGAGUACAAGUUGUGCAGCUUAUACGAGAAGGUGUUAUUGCACCUUUCUGUGACCUCCUUUCCUGCAAAGAUACUCAAGUUGUACAGGUUGUUUUAGAUGGUAUACAUAACAUGCUCAAACUUGCUGGAAAACAAGUUGAACAAUUGGCUAAUAUGAUUGAAGAGUGUUCAGGUUUGGACAAAAUCGAAGCACUGCAAAAUCACGAAAAUGUAGACAUUUAUAAACUAGCAUAUGAUAUUAUUGAGCAAUACUUUUCUGAAGAGGCGGAUGACACGAAUUUGGGGCCACAGGUCGAAGAAGGUGCAUUUGAGUUUGACCAGACGUCGACUAUUCCGAGUGAAGGUUUUAAGUUCUGAGAGGGCCUCCAUUAUUUCUUAUCCGAUCGUGCCGUCCCUCGACAAACUUCAUUACGAAGUCAUUCUGCUUACCCUUUCCUAUUCUUAUGUCUCAUUCUUGCUCCAAUGACAACACGUGGCACUACCAAUAUGCCACCGCUGAACCAAGAAUCAUGUUUUUUUUUGCUAAUCCAAAGGCAUAACAUUGACUGAUUUUUUGCCCGAUAAAAGAAAUAUCGGAUCGAAGCAAGGGCAAAAGUUACGGAGCAAAGGUGUUUCUUAUCGAAACGAGAAAGUCUGUAUUCUUUUGUUUUCCUUCUGAUUUUUUUUUUAACGAUACGUACGUUAAUUUGUUUAAAUUGCACAUA